AUGAAUUCUUUGCUCUUGGUUUUGACUAUUUUCUCAUUGGGAGAAGCGCUUUUUGAGACCUGGAAACCGGAAAGUUAUCGAUAUUGUGAACAUUUGACAUCAACAAAUACAUCGGCACCAAAUUUGGGAGGAGUUUCGUGUGGAUAUAGCUCUUAUUUUUAUAUGAAUUAUGGUGAGUUCAAUUGGUGAGAAUUGUGCAAAUCAAUUGCUGAAAAAUUAAUCAACUGAUCUUUUCGAAAUUGUUUCUACCUCUCAAGUGAGGCAGAUCAAUUUUUCUGUAGAGAAAAUUAAUUGAUGAAUUUUUUGAAAAAGUGAAGAACAAAUUUUUCACAACCAGAAUUUUUUCAAGAAAAAGCCUCGGAUUAAUAUGACUUGUUCAGUCUGAAAAGUUGAAAUAGUUUUGAAACAUUGAAUUUUUGAGAAAUUUUCAGACUGUUUUGAAUGGAAAUUUUUUGAAUCACGUUUACUGUACGGAAAAAGAUCAUAUCGCUGAAACAGUGAUAAUUUUAUAGACAAAAAAGUUUUUGGAAAAAAUUGCGUAACAAUCUUAGAAAAUGACGAUCUCAAAUUUAUUACCCAACAAAAAAUUAUAAAAUGAAUUUUUUUUCCAGAAUACGCUCUGACCAUCGAUUCAACCAGCACUCUUGGAUUAAUCAAUGUCGGCUGGUUGUCAGCGUAAGAUCUCUAAUUCCUCGUUGAAAAUUCUCAUUUUUUUCUUCACAGAAAUAUUCUUGGCACCGAAAACAAAUUCUGGAAGACUUGUAAAAGUUAUAUGAUCACUAUUUUCGAUAGUCUUUUUUCAGAUGAAGGUGAUUUUUAGCUAAAAUAUCUCAUGCAGAGAUUAUUUCAGGAAAAUCGUGUAUUUAUGCAUUUAACCAUGGAUUCUCGGGGCUUCCUACUUGCACUAAAAACGAUUCGAAUUUGUUGCUUCGAGUUGGAAGUGGUUAUUGUAUGAAGCAAAAAGUUUGUGGAGCUGAUCAGAAAAUCGAUUUCUUAGUGUCGUCAGAUAAAAAGAGUUCGCAAAUCUCUUGGGAAGAUUCGAGAACUGCGACUUUGAAAAGUAAUGGAUAUACAGUUGUUGGAAGUUGUUAUGCUUAUGAAAAAUUGAGCAAUCCAACAAAAAGUAAUGCAUCAAUCGCAAAUACCACUUCAUUUUACUAA